CAACGCUCUAAUCACUGAGCCAAACUGGCCAGAGCUAGAAUAAUUAUUGAUAGCUAGUCUUAUUGGGUGAGCUCCACUAGCAUCCUCCUACAAUGACAUCUUUUGGUCAAUACCCAGAGGAUCAAGACUUGUAAGAAUUCCAGAACAGACCUUGAUCUAAGAUGUUGAAGUUCACUUGGGAGGUGGUCCCAGAAAACAAUGGAAAAUGGAAAAGAAGACAAAGAAAGUGAACACGAAGCAACUGAAGUGAGUAAGCCUAUUAAGAGUUCCCAGAGUCCACGGGACAGUUCUGCAUUAGAUACUGGCAAAAAUGGGAAAGAAGAAGCAACAAAUGAAGUGAAAUACCAAGAAUUAAACCUGGAUGGGCAGUCAAGUAUCUCAACUGGUUCAACAGAUGAAUCUAACAUUGGAAUCUCAAAGAAUAUUGUGGUUAGAAAACCUGCAAACAUGGUUUUCAAUUUAGAUCAAACUGUACUGGAUUCAAAGCUAGAACAACCAUGGACGAAAAAUCUUUUUGAAAGAGUGGAGGCAAGAGCUCAAGUAAUGCAGCAGAAAAUAAUAGAUAAGGAUAAUCUGAAGAAAGAAUUAGAAAAAAAAGCUGAGAAAAAAAUCCCUAAGGAUAAUUUGGCCCAAGAGUGGUUUAAUACUGAAAACAUGACACUAAACACUCGUGUAUAUUUGCUUGACAAACUUCUACCCACCUUGGUUGUUGGAGUGGAAAAUAUGUUAAUGCAAGUGGAAAAAAAGAAGUUAUUGUCAGAAGCUGAUAUUCCAACUAAGUUUGAUCCAAUUAAUUAUUUGGGGGAAUACUUAAUGAGAAACAAUCCUUAUUAUAACAAAGACUCAGGAAUGUCUGGUUAUCAGAGGGUGAUGAGAGAUGUUACAGAAGAUCUGAAGAUACAUGUUACCAACACUGUCUGCAACAGAGUAUCCAAGAUGAAGGAGAAAGUUAAAGAGAAACAAAAACAAAGAGAACACAUAAACGAAGUUAAAGUCAAGGUGGCCAACACACGGAAACAGGCUCUGCAGGAGCAGUUCAAUGAAUGGAUUCUAGACCCCAAAGGAACGAUUCCUUUGACAGUGAUUCAGAAUGUUCUUCAUGAAUUUUUUCAAAAGUCAGAUUUCCAGCUUGAGGCACGUUGCAAACAGUUGAAUAUUGCUGAUUCAAUAGAACGAAGAUUGAACACAAUGGAAUUUACAGAAUACAUCUCUUCGCACAUUGCAGACUUUAAAAGUGAAAUGUUUGAGAAACUUCUUAAGCACCUUUGCCACUGUGCAGAUGAAUUCCAGGAGGUCAUCAAAAAGGAUAUGCGAAGGGAGAUAUUUGCUGAACUCUUCUUGUAUUGUGACCAUGGGAAGGUAGGAUUUUUAGAUCGGCAGAGGACAUUGGCCUUGCUGGAAACAUUCUAUGACGAAAGUCCAAAAAUGGUUAGAUGUUUACUCCGAAAUCCAAGACAAUGGCCAUUCAUUGAAUUUGAAGAGAUAGAGUUGCCUGAGUUCUGGGGAGACAUGGAUAAUCAGAAACACAUUUAUGAAGACUUUGACAAUGUGCUCUUAGAGAUUAAUAAAUUACUGUCUGAGAAACAUGCUAGAAAAAAACAAAGUAAAUUGUUAAAAAUUUCAGAAGAUCAACAUAAACGUGAUAGCCAUAGAAAAUCAACACUAUCAGAACAGCAGAGAGGUGCAAUUGCAGGUCAAGAACCAAACAAAAAUUUAAAUGAAGACCAAGACUCAGAGUCAGCUGGAGAACAAGAACUGUACAGGGGAUCAAUAACAGCACAAGGACAACACAGAGAGUCAACAGUGCGACAAGGAUCACGCAAAGGGUUACGCAGAAUGUCAGUAAUAGAACAACAUAAAGGGUUAACUGCAGAACAAGGAUCACGCAAAGGAUCACGAAGAAUGUCAGUAAUAGAAGAACCACAGAAAGAGUCAGCUGAAGUACAAGAAUCAAGCAGAGAGUCAAUAACAGAACAAGGAGUACACAGAGAGACAAUUGCAGAAGAAGGAUCUCGUAGAGAGUCAGUAACACCAAAAGGAUCACGCAGAAGUUCACGAAGAAUGUCAGUAAUAGAAGAACCACCUAAAUGGUCAACUGAAGAACAAGAAUCAGGAACAGAACCAGGAAUACACAGAGGGUCCAUUGCAGAAGAAGAAUCACGCAGAGGGUCAGUUGCAGAAGAAGGAUCUCGUAGAGAGUCAGUAACACCAAAAGGAUCACGCAGAAGUUCACGAAGAAUGUCAGUAAUAGAAGAACCACCUAAAUGGUCAACUGAAGAACAAGAAUCAGGAACAGAACCAGGAGUACACAGAGGGUCCAUUGCAGAAGAAGAAUCACGCAGAGGGUCAGUUGCAGAAGAAGGAUCUCGUAGAGAGUCAGUAACACCAAAAGGAUCACGCAGAAGUUCACGAAGAAUGUCAGUAAUAGAAGAACCACCUAAAUGGUCAACUGAAGAACAAGAAUCAGGAACAGAACCAGGAGUACACAGAGGGUCCAUUGCAGAAGAAGAAUCACGCAGAGGGUCAGUUGCAGAAGACGGAUCUCGUAGAGAGUCAGUAACACCAAAAGGAUCACGCAGAAGUUCACGAAGAAUGUCAGUAAUAGAAGAACCACCUAAAUGGUCAACUGAAGAACAAGAAUCACACAGAGGGUCAGUAACAGAGCAAGGAGUACGCAGAGGGUCAGCUGCAGAAGACGGAUCUCGUAGAGAGUCAGUAACAUCAAAAGGAUCACGCAGAAGUUCACGAAGAAUGUCAGUAAUAGAAGAACCACCUAAAUGGUCAACUGAAGAACAAGAACCAACCAGAGAGAUAAUUCCAGAGGAACAGGACAUAGACUCAACUUCACAAUCAAGGGAAGAAACUGCAAAAAAGAAAGUUCAGAAAGAUAAAUCCUGUGAACCCAAGUCCCAAAAAAUAGAAGGAAAGUCAUGGUCAGGUGAACUUUUGACUUGUAACUUGAAGAAGUAUGCCAAAUGUGAAGAUGAGGAACAGGCAAACUUAAUCUAUGGUAACUCCAGGUUCACAGACCUACAUUCAAUUAUCAGAAAUAUUCAGUCUUACAAAGAAGUGAAAGGAAGGAGUGCCUUCAAUGGAGUUUCCUUCAAUCUGCUCCAGUUUGUGCAACUCCUGGAGACAUUUGUUGGUGAAGAUACCCCAUUGAGUGUCAGUGAGAACCUCACUUCCUUUUUUAAGAGAGGCUAUGUUGAAACAAAAGAGGAGAAAAUCUGUGCUUUAGAAGAGGCUAGGCAAAAUACUUCCCAAGUUAGACGGGGACUUCUCCUAGAAGCCCUCUUUCAGAUGUGGGACAGUGAUGGCUCAGGUUUUCUAGAUCUGAAGGAAGUUGAUGAACUCUUGUAUACCUACAAGGAGGGAAUGGAAAAAGAAGCUAUAAAGAGAGCCAAACUACACACCCAAUUUCCAAAGCCACACCCUGGUCAUGAAGUGAGGUUAUCUUCAAAACAGUUUCGGAAAUACAUAGAAUUGGUUGUUUCUGAACUCACGGGCAAUGAAGAUCAUGUUCUGGAAAGCCUUGUGGAGUUUCUGAUGACUACUUUAAACAGGAGCCAUAUUGAGGCCCUGAGGAAUAGUGCCAGACGGAAGUGGCUGCACCAAAUUCAACGUGCUGCAGAGACCAGUGGGGUAUCCAUUGAACCAGUGUACACUGAGACCUUUAAGGCCCUCACACAGGAUGCUCAAGUCCAUGGAAAUAAGAAGAUCAGUGCUCACAUUUCCCUCUUAGAAGAAAACCUACUACUGCCUGAUAGAGGGAGUGUUCUGUUAAGGAACGUAGCUUGUACUUUAGAUGAUGCUCCAUUUGUACUGAACAAAGUGCUCUAUAGGGACAUGAAGGGAAUCAGCUUUACAGUAGUAGAUGGAGGGAAGCCAAUACACGUCCCCCAAGUUCAGCACCAUGGGAACAUUUUCUUCUGGAACCAUUCCCGCAAGAAGACUGAUCAAAAUGGGUCAUUCCUGGCUCUGCCUCUUCAGGAUGCAUAUAUGAGGAUCUUUGGGGUCUUGGCUGUUGAUACCCUAAGAGAUCCCCAGAAAAUAAACAUCUUCUUGCUUCAUGAGAUCAGAUUCUAUCAGGGUGUUGCCAAUGUCUUUAGCACUGCCUUUCACUACGUCCACAGCCGGGAGCACAUCCUGCAUGUUGUGAUCACUGGCAUCAGAUGGCUCUACAACCUCAUACCAGGCAUUACCAGCAUCACUACGUACUUUGUUGAGCCUAGCCCAGAGCAGGAUUCAGACUACGUUUUACGCAAUAUGAUGGUCACAGGGUCCCUGGGUCUAACAGAAAUCCACAAAAAUCCCCCUACCAUCUUCAGGAAGACGUGCAUCUUCAGAGAUUGAAAAUGCGGGAGAAGUCCAGCGGGCAGGAGUUCUCUUCUUCCGAAUCAUGCUGCAAGAGCUGCAGGAAAGCCUCCGGAUGCUUACCUCCAUGAACUUUGU